AUGCGGGGCAUCGGGAGCAGCAUGACGAGUAUGCUGCGCUAUCCAAGAAAAAAACGUUUUUAGUGUAAAGUUGUGAUGCGCAGCAUGCAAGAUGAUUGCGUCUCUCAUGCUUGGCAUGCCUCGUAGGGUCCAUUAAAGGGCGUUUUCACGUACUAUCUGCGCAUGCCAGGUUUUUACUAUCAUGCCAGACAAAUUUGUAAUGCUGUUCCUCCAAAAAAGUUACACCUACAAUGCUUUUUUCUUGGAUAUGCGCUGGCGCAACUCCAGCGCGACGCCCCUGCAGGCCCAACUGAAGGAGGCGCUAAACAACAAUAACUGGGGCUGUAGCAUAUUGUGAGGAAAAUGAAUCCGCGAGAACCGUAUUCGAUUUGGCAUUUGUGUUGCUGGAUUUUUAAUACCUGUCCUCCGUCCGCUGAAUCAGCAUGAGAGAAAAAAUCUUAAUCUGAAUAUGGAAACGAGGUGGAUUUUUCCUUGUGAUAUGGCAACACGAUUCUCUACGACAUCGCCAACCAAAGCAACUAUUAUCCAGCGUAAAAAAACUGUAUCCUAAAACUACCUGAGUUGUCAUGCAUAUAAUGCAGCAGGAGUCUUUCUAUGCGGCUUUUCCGCCCAGAGAUACAACUCUCGUCCAAGUGUGCUGCAGACGAUUUUGUUAUGCAACAUGCUCUCGUCACAAGAAGCAAAAGAUGGGGCUGUACUAGGGAAUAAGCAGUGCGUGUGCGCUGUGUAUCCAAAGUUGCCCUUUGUGAGUCCAAAAACCUCUGCACAAUCAGUCCAGCACAUCAAGCCGCAUCUUGAAUCGGGGUUGUUCUUGGAAAAAUUUUUACGUAGGGGUCCGGCGAAAAUCCUCCUCUGCACGAUAUGCGGGCGUUCCUUGGCCAAAAGACUGCCGGGCAUCGUUUGCAUUUCCAGCUGGAAAAUGCUGAGGGACCCGGAAGGAGGGUUUGCAAAUGUCCUCCUCCGCACCGUAUGGGGGCUUUCCUGGGCCCAAAAACUGGGCGACGUUUGGAUUUGAGGGGGGAAAUGCUUAGCGACUCGGAAGGGGGGUUGCAAAAAUGCUCCCCGGCAAGGUAUGCGGCCCCUUUUUGGCCCAAAAAGUGGCCGGCCUUUCGUCUCCAGCUGCAAAGGGUUGGGCACUCGGAAGGGGAGGUUGCGAAAAUCGUCCCCCGCACGUUCUGCGGGCUUCAGGCGGUUUGUACUGCUUUCCGAAACCUUUUGUGUCAAGGUCGAGUGCCCGAUCAUGAGGCCCGCCCGAUGUUAUGGUCAGCAAUAACCGGCUGUCCAUAUUGGCCUGCAAGGCGAAACGCUCACCGGGUGAGCGUUUCGCCUAAGAAGUCCAUAUUGGGAUCUUUCCCACCACAGCACACCGUCGUGCUUCUGGCUGUUUGUGCUGCCUUUUGAAACCUUUUUUUGCCAAGUUCGAGCGCCCUUUCGUGAGGCCCGCCCGACGCUAUGAUCGACACAAGCCGAUUAUCCAUAUGGACCCUCAAGGCGAAACGCUCACUCGGUGAGCGUUUCGCCUAAGAAGUCUAUAUUGGGAUCUUUCCCACUACAGCAUACCGUCGUGCUUCUGGCUUGUUGUUGCUGCUUUUUGAAACCUAUUCUGCCACUUUCGAGCGCCCUUUCUUGGGGCCCGCCCGACGCUAUGGUCGACACAGGCCGACUAUCUAUAUGGGCCUCCAAGGCGAAACGCUCACCGGGUGAGCGUUUCGCCUAAGAAGUCUAUAUUCGGAUCGUUCCCACUGCAGCAUGCCGUCGUGCUUCUGGAUAUUUGUGCUGCUUUUUGAAACCUAUUCUGCCAAGUUCGAGUGCCCUUUCGUGAGGCCCGCCCGACGCUAUGGUCGACACAGGCCGAUUAUCUAUAUGGGCCUCCAAGGCGAAACGCUCACCGGGUGAGCGUUUCGCCUAAGAAGUCUAUAUUGGGAUCUUUCCCACUGCAGCAUACCGUCGUGCUUCUGGGUAUUUGUGCUGCUUUUUGAAACUUUUUUUUGCCAAGUUCGAGUGCUCUUUCUUGAGGCCCGCCCGAUGCUAAGGGCGACACAGGCCGAUUAUUCAUAUGGGCCUCCAAGCCGCAUCUUGACUCUGGGUUGUUCUUGGAAACAUUUUUACGCAGGAUAACCACCAGCUGCAGCCGAUCUUGGAGGCUAUCAACCAGGUAUUUAGGGGAGAGUGCAUAGACAAAAUGAUGAUCCUGUCAAGUGCAUUCUAUGGGACGAGCUGCAAGACAAAUUAUUGACUUCAUUUUUCUGUAACGCAUGGACAGUAGCUCCGAACUUGUGUUUCUACUGCAUAAAGAUGUCAAGAGCAAGAAAUUUGUAUUGCAUGAACACGGGUUGUUCCCACCUUCAUAUUAUUCCCACCUCCUCAUCAUCAAAAACUCGUUUUCUCAGGCGUUGGCCGAGCGUGACGGACGACGAUGGAGGCGUGUGUGGAAGGCGCUGAACUUAUCACAGGAAGAAAGUCCUUCUCCUCCGUGGUAUACUAAAUGCAAAACGGAAAAAAUCUUUGUCGUGCUGAUUUGUCAUCUUCAGAAGCCCCACUUUGCGGGCGGCCCACUUGGCAUCGGUCAUUUAACGUGCCAUUCUGGGAUUCGUAGCCUUCUCCUGUCGUGGAGAGCUGGCAAAUAGGUACUAACCCCUUCGUCCCAUGGCAUCAUGACAAAAUGAUUUGUGUACACAAAUUUCGCAGCAGAAGUUUCCGUUUGGGUAGUGGGGGGAGGAUUUUUCAUUUUGACAAAACUUGAUCGAAAUCAUCUUGAAGCACGGCGAAAAUCCGAUGUUCGAGGAGAGCAUGAAGGCAGACCAGUAUCCUGUGUAAAAACGCCCCUACCCCAGAGUUGUCAUGCAAAAUGGCAUCCCUGAAAUGUUUCUUAUGCACGACGCCAUGUUGAGGAGCAUUUUGUAAUGCUAUCUGGAAGUUUGUCAUGCUGAAAUGAGGACAAGGUAGCCAAUUUGUCGUGCGGUUGCACUAGCUAAACACGUUUACACUACGAUGCCAAACUUGUCAUGCGUGACUGCCAGAAUUUCUGGACUUGUGUUGCAAAUUUCCCAUCUUGACUUUGUCGUGGGGACGUUUCUACGCAGGAUAACCAGUGGCGAGUAAUCUACUUUCUCGACUGGCGCUUACGGAAAUGAAAAUCCCUUCUCUCCUAUCAAAUGUAAAAAUGUCUGGGUCUGGAUGAAGAUUGCAACUUGUGAUGCUGUCUCUGCAUUAUACAAAAAUGUGUAUUGCAUGACCAGCAAGAGGGCUCCAGUUUGUGCUACAUGGAGAGGGUAUUUCUCAUGCGGGAUAGGCAUCAGAAAGCCCGCUAAAAAUCUGUGAUGCCAGGUUACGCAUUACAGGCGUCAUGUGUCAUGUAAAAUCUGCAUGACAUCCAGACCCAGACAUUUUUACAUUUGAUAUCUCCAAAUUCAAAACACGAAGGAUUUCUCUUGCUGGACUUGUAUAUAGCAAUCAGCUUUGUGGUCGAGCGCCCGGGGAUACUCAGCAAACCCGGUCGCCUCGGUCUGUUUAGGUGCAUUGGGCAGUGCAGCUGUUGAGCCCCCUUAACCGGCUCGGUGUCUCCUAGUACUUUCCUUCUGUCAUGCAAGAGAAAUAAGCUACUUGUUUUAUACGCAUUUUUUACAAACCAACACAUCUAAACAAAUUUCCACUCAGAACAAUAUGGGGGGGGAGAUUUUUUUUUCCUGCCACAGCGCUACCAGGAGAACCAGAAGGACGUCACUGCGGGGAUCCGUGACAAGGCCAAAAAGAUUAUCCCUGUGUAAAAAUGUUGUGGCCCUAGAUUUGUCAUGCAUAUUUCCACGCCGCUGCCCAGGACGCUUCUCAUGCUCAGCUGCAUGAGAAGCGUUGUGUUCUCGUGGUGUUGUGGAAAAAUUUGUCAUGCCUUAUACAGGACGAAUUGGUGAAUUUGUGAUGCGACUAGCAUAGCCAUUCUUGUUACUCAGGAUAAAGAUCCAGCAGUUGUUGCAGGACCCGGACCUGCUGCGAAAGGAGCGGGCGGAUGCGCGACAGAUCGCGAACAAGCUGCAGCUAUGCAUUGCAAAUAUCGAUCUGGGUCCGGAAUAAAGGUGGAACUUGUAAUGCUGCUCCUACAUGCGUGCGAAAUCUGUAUUGCAUGACCAACAAAUUAUGUCGUAGCCUGUUUCAUCUAAUCCGGACUGCGUACGAGAACGCGUUCUGGAAACUUGUCAUGCUUGUCUACAUUCGGAAGUGUUUUCAUCAUGCACAGUUCAGCAUCACAAAUCUCCAGACCCACAAAUAUUUGCAGUUGAUAGCAGCCGCCCUCGAUGUCAGGCGGCGGUGGCGGCGGGAUGCCGCAAAGCGGCUUGGCUGCAGGCCCCGGGCCAUAUCGCAAGAAAAAACUGUUUCACUGUGAACUUGUGAUGCAUACAAUGGAACACAGAAGUAUUUGUCUUGCCACACAUGCAAGAAAGUGGAUUUUUAGCUGUGUUUUCCCUUAGGAAGCUUGCGUGGCAAAUUUUUUCUGUCACGUAGAACGAACUUGUCAUGCAAAACCUGCAAAAUCAUCACAGUGAAACAGUUUUUUCGUACGAUAGGCCAGGCUACGGAAAUAAUGCAGGUUCGAGCUACAACGACGGCUAUGGCAACAGUGCGUCGGUGUCGUACGGCUACGGCCCGACGACCACGGGAAGUGGCCUCUACGGCACCACGCAAGAACCGAUGUCAGGAGGGAGACCAGUGGACCGACCAGACUACAGCUUUCGGGCUUACGACCGCGAUUUUUUGGGCGCCGGCCGUCCGGAAACCACGACGUUUCAGUCUUCCUACGCCGCCUCUGGUGCGCCGCCGUCGCUCCAGGUACCACCACCUAGUUCGGCGUCCCGAGCAUUGCGACGCGACGUUCCGGAACCAAAUCCAGCAGAGCCGAGUACUUCUAGCGCGGGUAAUUGUCUAUGUCUACAAAACAUAUGCAAAAAUUCAGCGGUGUGCGUUUUUGUCAUGUGUGUCUUGUGUCAGGUGUAUGUAGUUUGAUAAAUGUACUAGUCUUUGUCACUACGUCGCUGAAAGAGAGUAAAAAUGACACGCAUGAUUGAUAAAAAUUUUCAGAUUCGCGAAGACGGGUUGUCCAGGUUUGCGGGUGUACAGAAACGGAAGCGGAUUAUCAUGUGAGAAAUAUCAUAGUUGCUGGCUUGCAUUUUGAUGUUGUGCAUGCAAUUUUGAAUUACAAGUCUUCGCCUUCGCGAGGAAAAGAUUUUAAUUUCUCAUGCAGUUCUACUCCGUCACCAAUUUGUUUCUUCAAUCUAUAGGAAAGAACAAACCUUUUGUGCUUGCUAUUUUUUGUGCAGCAUUUUACAAGCGUCUUUGAUGACAAAAUGUACUGUCGCACGCUGGCUUCUUUCUCCGCUAUCCCAGCCGAUUGCUGCGCGCGGCAGACGGAAACGUGGAGGACGCGUGCAACAAAUUUUUUGCCCAGGCCAACAACGAGCCCGAGCUCGAGGCGCCACGAAGUGCCCAGGACCAGCGGGAUUCGGGGCCAGCCUCUUCCGACGAAGACGAGGAAUUGGACGAGAUGCCGAGCGGUAACGACUCGUCAGAGCCGGACCAUAGUCCGGAGGUCGGUCCGCGUCAUUACGCACAGCGAAAAUGUCUGGGUCUGCGAAAAAUGGAGUUUGUCAUGCUAUGUUUCGAUCACGCAAAAUGUUGUAUUGCAUGAGCAGGGGCAAAAAAUCUGUGAAACUAGAGCAUACUAGCUUGACGAAAAUCGCGGGUCAUCAUGUAAAAUCUGCAUGACAAACUCCUCCAAUUUUCCAGACGCAGACAUAUUUGCACUGCAUUGUGGUCUCCAACCCCAGAUGUCAGGACAAGUAAUGCCACCGCAGCAUACCAAUGCUUCGCAACCAGCGACGUGGGACCAGCAACAGCGGGCACAGCAAGCGGCCAAUAUGCAUUGCAAAUACAGCUAGGUCUGGAAAUAGACUGCGGAUUUGUGUCAUGUAGCUCUUGGACCACAAAAAUGGAAAAAGCAACACGGGUCUUGCAACGACUUCUCCAAGCCUUUUUGCGUAGCAACAAGUAGGCAGCUUUUGGCGGUCUUGCAACACAGAUUUUUGUGUGCGCGUCCCGAGCAAGCAUCGCAAAUUCGCUUCUUGCCUGACCCAGAGAUGUUUGCAAUGAAUAGGCAGCGUCCGGCAGCAGCCGCAGGUACCGAUGGAGCAGCGGCAUAUGAAAUGCAAAUAUGUCUGGGUCUGGGAGUUUCUAAACUUGUGAUGCUGUGUCUGGAUUCCAAGAAAAUUUGUAUUGCAUGACCAGCAAGAGGACUCCAGUUUGUGCUACGCGGACGAGAGGACAUUUCUCAUGCGGUGCUGGCAUCACAAAGCCCUCGCAAAAUCUGUGAUGCUAGAGGAUCCAUCACAGACAUCACGGGUCAUUCAAAAUAUGCAUGACAAACCUGGCAAUCUUCGAGACCCAGACAUGUUUGCAUUUGAUACGGCAGCAGCCAGCGCAACAGGGGGCGAGCCGCCAGUUUUCCCAGCCGUCAGGGUCGCAGCAGUACGGUACCGCGCUGGAUGCACAAACUGGUAUCAAAUGUAAAAAUGUCUGGUUCUGGAAGGAUGCAACUUGUAAUGCUAUUUUUGGAUUCUAAAAAAAUCUGUGUUGCAUGACAGGCAAUAGGAGUCCAGUCUUUGCCACGUGGAGAGGGCAUUUCUCAUGCAGGAUAUGCAUCAAGACGCACUCAGAAAAUCUGUGAUGCUAGGGCAUAGAUCACAGCCGUCAUGGGUCAUGUCAGACGUGCAUGACAAACAAGGUCAUGGCGCGGGGACAGAGUCCCCGCGGCUGCGACCUUGCGGCUAAGAAGGGCCACCCGCGGUGGCUUUUCUUGCCCAUUAUGCGGCAGGUUUUUUUUUUGCGACAACACGGGGUGGCUUGGCGCUCGUGGUGCCGGCGCCCCCCUGGAACAGUGCGCCUUUUUCUGCGCCCCUGGGCGGGGCGCCCCCCCCCAAAGGACUACCCACGACCAACCGAGGGCGCGGCCGUCCGGGAGGUUGUUCUCCCGAACCAGGGCGCGCGGGCCUGUUUCUGCGCCCCUGGGCGGGGCGCCCCCCCCAAAGGACUACCCAAGACCAACCGAGGGCGCGGCCAGCCAUACCAGGGCGCGUGGACCUGUUUCUGCGCCCCUGGGCGGGGCGCCCCCCCCCCAAAGGACUACCCACGACCAACCGAGGGCGCGGCCGUCCUGGAGGCUGUUCUCCCGAACCAGGGCGCGCGGGCCUGUUUCUGCGCCCCUGGGCGGGGCGCCCCCCCCAAAGGACUACCCAAGACCAACCGAGGGCGCGGCCUUACCAGGGCUCGUGGACCUGUUUCUGCGCCCCUGGGCGGGGCGCCCCCCCCAAAGGACUACCCACGACCAACCGAGGGCGCGGCCCUCCUGGAGCCUGUUCUCCCGAACCAGGGUGGGCGCGCGGACCUGUUUCUGCGCCCCUGGGCGGGGCGCCCCCCCCAAAGGACUACCCACGACCAACCGAGGGCGCGGCCUUCCUGGAGCCUGUUCUCCCGAACCAGGGUGGGCGCGCGGACCUGUUUCUGCGCCCCUGGGCGGGGCGCCCCCCCCAAAGGACUACCCACCCACGACCAUGCGAGGGGGGGCGCGGCCACCUUCCUGGAGCCUGUUUUCCCGAACCAGGGCGCACAGAACUGUUUCUGCGCCCCUGGGCGGGGCGCCCCCCCAACAGGACUACCCACGACCAAGUGAGGGGGGGCGCGGCCUUCCUGGGGGCUGUUAGUUCGCUUCGCACUCCCGAAUCAGGCCGCGCGGACCUGUUUCUGCGCCCCUGGGCGGGGUGCCCCCCCCAAUGAAUAGGCAGCCAACCUUUGGCCGCCGGGGUCGGGCCUGACUCUUGAAAAGUGGCCCCCGGGGCCGGGUGUUCCUUUUCCGAAGUCAGGCGGGGGGCAUAUUUUGGGUUGUGCAGGAGGUUUUUCUUUUUGCCGGUUCGGGUCGUGUUUGAUACCCCGGAACAGGGGUCGGAACAUACUCCGCAACACACCCCAGAACACACCCCGAAACACACCUCAGACCAUGCCCCGAAAGCCACUCUCCGAAAGUCAGGUCCGGGGUCGGACCCGACUCCCUAAAAGUGACCUCCGGGGCCGGGUGUCACUUUUCCGGAGUCAGGUGUGGGGUAUGUUUUGGGGGGUGCAGGACGUUUCUGCCGAUUCAGGUCGUGAUUGAUACCCCGGAACAUGGGUCGGAACAUACCCCCGAACACCCCCCGAAAACUCAUUUUUGGGCAGUUGCUGCAGUUCAAAUAGUAAUCUUCCAAUCUUCCAGACCCACACGCUUUUACACUUGAUAACUGGUACGUAUAGCGGAUUCUCGCAGUCGCAGCAGCAAGCUCAGAGUCGUGCACCCUACAGCCAGUACGGGCAGAAUUUGGGUACUACCAAUCCGCUGGCACAGAAUCUCUCCAUCGGCGGCUCGCAGGUUAUCAAAAUGAAAAGCGCAGCCCCGUCUCCGGACUCGUUUCAAAUGUUUGCGCUGCAAAGUUUUCAAGUGGGCGGGCUUUGUCGUGUAUGCUCGGAAUAAAAUUCCAGUUGCUACAAUAUGCAAGGCUUCCGGAAUAUUAUCAUUUAGGAAAAUUUGCAAUGCAAAUGUGUCCACGUGCUUCGGUCGCGAGGGCAGUUUUUAUUCUGAUACAGGUGCAGCAAAAUCAGCUGCCAUACAACUCGACGCAAUCGGCCACACUACACCCCUCUGGUAUGCAAGUACCCAUGGGCCAAUCGGGUCCGCAACAAGGCACUGGUAUCGACUGCAAAUAUGUCUCGGUCUGGGUAAGAGCACGCGAACUUGUCAUGCUGGGUAUAUAGCAUGACAAAGCAAUGUUUUAUAGAGCAUGAACGCAUCACAAAUCUUUCGGCUGUUGUUGCAAGGUGAGUCGUGUUUUGCAUGACAAACUCCCUCUUCGAGCAUGACAGAAAAAAUGGUCACUCCUAUUCAGGCAUCACAAAUCUUCUUAUGCUUCAAUUUUCGCAUAACAUAUCCAGACCCAGACAUAUUUGCAAUGCAGGACUGGAUUCGCACGACAAUCGCCACCGACGUUGGUGCAGCACCAGACCUUUAUGCAUUACAAAAAUGUCGAGCUAGUACAACUUGCAUGAAAAUAUCUUUGGAAAGAAAAUUGCAAUCUGUGAUGCAAAUUUCGCUCGGGAAAGCAGAUCUGUCAUGCAUAGCUGCAAUUUAUACGGAGGCUCCGAUACUCUUGUACGGCAUAACCUUGCCACAGCAACCAAACGUCGGCUCGCAAGUUUUCGGCGGACAAAACGUCCCAACACCGCAGCAGCAGUUCCUGAUGCAGCUCCCGGCGGGUUCGCAACUGGCCCACCAGCAUGUUCCGCAAACGUCCGCAAAUUACCUUGGGCACGACCCAACUGCCAGGCAGCAGCAGGUGCUGUUAAACUCGACACCGGCCGCCCAAAGUUCUGUGCAACAGAAAAUGUCGGGGGGAACUACAGUGCUGAUACCCAGUAGCGCGCAACAAUUUGCUCCUAUCGCAGGUAGCGGGCCGCAAGUUCCUCUGCAAGCCAUCAUGCAGACCACGCCACCGCUCCAGCAAGCACAGACGAUGGAGUCGCAGGCGAUGCCGACGCAGCCGAUGCAGCUGCGCGUACUACCCCAGACAGUGCCAUCCAUGGAAUCGGUAUCGACACGAAACGUGGUGCUGCAACGGCAGGUGCUAGUACCCGCACAGCCGCAACAGCAAACGCUGUUGCAGCAGCAGCCGGGCGACGCGACAACGAUGGCGCAGCCGGCAGUGCGGGUCGGGCAGCACCUACAACCCGCGAUGCCAACAUUGCAGUACAGACCCGUCCUUUUACCGCAGCAGCUUGUGGCCUCCCAAAUAAUGCAACCACAAGCGUUGCAGCAGCGAGCCAUCCUAGCCCCGCAGCAGAUGGUACCAUAUUCUUCAGAAAAGUACACCCAACAUGAUACCAGGGAAAAAAAAUGAGCCUAGUCAUGCUUCCUUCUGUGUCACAAAAAUAUUCUGUAGCAUGUUCAUGACAAACCUAGUGGGCAUCUUUUUCAUGCUGGAGCACAUCACAUCAUUCAUCACGCAUGACAGGAGCUUACCGCAGUUGUAGAUCAGCAGCACAAAUUUUUUCGUGCGAGAAAAAAAACAGCAACACAAAUUGAUUUUUCCCGGUUGUAGUGUGGGUGUAGUUUUCUGAAGGAUGUACCUGUACGACCACAAAUGGUCAUGGCGCCGCAGCAAGUAGCGAUCCAAAACCCGCAGCGGCAAUCGUUUGUCCCGCCUGCAGGUCUACCAAUGAACUCGCAGCUGCAAAGCAGACCACCCAUGGCACAGUACGGACAGGCAGCAGGAGGUGUACAAGCGAACCUCGGCGUUGCUGCAAGCCCGAGAGGAGUACUUCGCCCAGCCGCGGGAGAGGGAAACCAGAUCAGCACGCCUCGGGAACCGGGCGGCCGGGGGGUAUUUGAGUCGUUGCAAUGUCUGCUUGUGAUGCAUAUGAUACUUUACUCACCGCAUGAAUGUCCUGUCCCGUUCCUGUAUGUGCUUUCGUGCAUGACAAAGAACUUCCAAAUUUGCAUACCAUGCAUGCUUCCGAAUCAUGCAUUACAAAGUUAAAGUUAUUGAUUUUACAAAUCAGCAUUACAACUACAUUCCAGGCAGCGACCAACCCCUUCGCUAAGUACGACGUGCGGCGUUUUUUGAAUGGUAUCCCGGGUAAAAGUGUCGCCAGCCCGUAUCUGUCAUGCAAAUUUGCAUGCCGAAAAUGCAGUUCCUCAUGCGCAGCUACAUGAGCUGCAACUUCUAAUUGUGUUUUGGAAUUUGUCAUGCCAGAAUAAGCAGGAGAAGAUCGGUUUGUGAUGCGACUGAGCUAGCUAAAUACGAUUACGCUGCGAGCCCCACCUUGUCAUGCGCAACAGCCAAAACUUGUUCAUUUGUGUAGCAAAUUCCCAAUCCUGACUACGGGGUGGAGACGCUUUUACACAGGAUGAACGGCACCCCAUAGUCAAGGAGGUGCACAGGACCGUGUUUUUUUCAAGUACAUCACAGCAGCUUUGCGGAAAGCCAAGUUCUUUCCCGUUUGGCCUGCGAGUGCAUCAGGGACUCGUUGUUUUCACCAGUCUUUACCGUUUCGAAAAAUUUAGACAGGAAUCUUCGAAAAAAAUCAAGCAAUAUAAUUCCAAUGUUAUGACAAUGAAGGAGGUACAACUUGGGCAAAAAAAUUAUCAUCUGCAAAAAGAUACAGUAGUUGCUCUAUGCUACACAUGUGGUUACAACAUGGCAGGGGAUUUUGAUGUCAGAAGCAGGUAGUUUAUUUGCUGUACAAUUCGUGACCCGAAAGAAGUCACGUCUGUCCUGCUAGCGUUUUCGUGCCUUUACAAAUUCGGCUUCAUCUCAAGAACGACCAGCGGAAAUAAAAAUCCAGCGGGAGAACGCGCGCCCUGAAUCAUGUCUCCCGCGAGGAC